GGUUUGCCCAACUAAACAGCCAAACACUACUUUUUAGAAAUUAAAAUAACACCUCUAUUCUCUUCUGUAACAGCUUAAUCAAAAAUGGCGGCUUCUUCUAGAAGGUCUAGUGGUCCGGUUCUCCGAUCUCAUUCCCCAUCUUCCCGGUUUACUUCUUUCUACGCUUCACAGUCACACUCUCCAUCUUCUUCUUCCUCCGCUUUUGCCUAUUCCAGUUCAGGUUUCUCUUCACGUUCAACUUUCUUCAAUCAACCAAGAUCUACUUCUCCACCACGUGUUAACCUGCACAGAAACUCUUCAUCAGCGUCAUCUGUGCGGUUCUCGCUCGACAACCGUCCGAUCUCACCGAACCGUUCAAUCACCACCGUCCGGAGAACCACUGAGGCGUUGAAGAAUUUACAGAGCAAACAGACGAAGCGGACUUGCAUGUGUUCACCUACAACGCAUCCGGGAUCGUUCCGUUGCAGUCUUCAUAAGAGCUUCAAUACUUCGCAUGCCGGGACAGGUUACGCGCCGAGUAAUCGGCUUAACGCGCGUAGAUCUGCGAUGACGAACUCGCUCGUGAGAAUCGGUGGUGUCGAAGGAGAUCUGGUUAAGAGAGCUUUGUCGGCUUUGAUUAGACCUUCCUCUCACCAGCAGCGUCGCCGUGAAGCUUUCCAUCCUAGGCCUAGCCGGCUAUCCGUGAUGUCAAAAGCCGAAAACUUAUGAGGGUUUCGUAUGCGGUUUGUGUAAUCUUUUAACGCUUUUAGGUCGUCUCCGAGAUUUUCCGGUGAUCUGAUAUCGAGCUUCGGAGUAACGCCGCGGUCGGUGGCUGUGAAGUCAGUUUCCUGCGACGAUGUUGGAGAUUUUGGACGAAGGAUUCGGACGGAUUUGAGCUAGUAUUGUCCCGCUGACCGAAACCUUAAAAUUCGAGGAAGAAAUUAUCAUAUAGUUUGUUGGUGUAAAUACACUCAUAUUGCAGCCAAUGGCAAAUUUGAGGAGCUUUUGGACUAAAAACAAA